UCUCAAUCUUAAAACCCCUCAUCGUAGCACAUUUUCCUAGAACUUUGUCUCCUUCCAUUGCUUUUUUCUUAGUGGCUAGACAUGAGAAACUUAAUCAAGUUCCAUAAAAUCCAUCGUCUCAUCUUAGUACUGUUCUUGCUUUCCAAAACCAUUUGUUCUCUGAGUUUGUCAUCCUCGUCUCUCAAUCCUACUCCUAUAUGUCUACCAAACGACAAAUCUGCGUUGCUCCAAUUCAAAAACACCAUGUCCAUUGAUGAUUCUUUUAGUGAUAUCACUUAUUAUCCAAAAACUAACUCCUGGAAUGAAAGCACUGAUUGCUGUUCAUGGGAGGGAGUCAGUUGUGAUAAGGCAACUGGUCAGGUGAUUGGCCUCGACCUUAGUUGCUCUUUGCUUGUUGGCUCACUGCCUCCAAACACCACCCUUUUCCAUCUUCAAGGACUCAAACGGCUCAACCUUGCUCAAAACAACUUUUAUGGUUCUUCGAUUCCUUUCGGGUUAAGUCAGUUACUCCCAUUCACAACUGUCUCCUUCCUCAAUUCUACAUCCUUCCCGAUCUUCUUCAGAUUCUUUAGUUCAAGCUUGGUAUCCUGAUUCUGGAGCCACAAAUCAUGUCACUC